AGAGGCAGAGAGAUCGCCAGCAAAAACAAGGCUAGCUUCUGUUGAAGCUUGUGUAAGUUUCGUCUCAAAUCGAUCAUCAAAACAUAGUAUUCCUCUGUGGUUGAAUUGAAGCUUUACUCUCCAGUUUCUUCUGAUUCACGGAGAGGCAAAAUGGGGCAAGCCUUUCGCAAGCUGUUCGAUACUUUCUUCGGCAAUUCUGAGAUGAGGGUUGUAAUGCUUGGGCUAGAUGCGGCUGGAAAAACAACUAUAUUAUACAAACUGCACAUAGGAGAAGUUCUAUCAACAGUCCCUACCAUCGGAUUCAAUGUGGAAAAAGUGCAGUACAAAAAUGUAAUUUUUACAGUGUGGGAUGUUGGUGGACAAGAAAAAUUAAGGCCACUGUGGAGGCAUUACUUCAAUAACACAGAUGGACUGAUUUAUGUCGUCGACUCUUUGGAUCGAGAAAGGAUUGGAAAGGCAAAACUAGAAUUUCAGGCCAUCAUCAGAGAUCCAUUUAUGCUUAAUGCAAUCAUCUUGGUUUUUGCUAACAAACAAGACAUGAAAGGAGCAAUGACACCAAUGGAAGUGUGUGAAGGCCUUGGUCUCUAUGAGCUUAAAAACCGAAAAUGGCAUAUACAAGGUACAUGUGCUCUUAGAGGGGAUGGCCUAUACGAGGGAUUGGACUGGUUAGCCAGCACUUUAAAAGAACACAAGGCUGCCGGAUUCUCUUCCAUAGGCCCUUCAUCCUUCUGAGUGAUCAGGCUUACUAAAGAACUUGAACCUCUUUUUCGAGGGGCAUCACUGAACAUCCGGCUAUUUAUAAAUUGGAGGAUCAUGAUCUCGCGAUGACAGUGUUUACCCUUCUCUUCUUAGAUCUGUGUUUUUAAUGCUAGUGGAGCAGAUAAGGCACUUGUUUCCUUGAUCUAGUGUGAUUCUUGGUCUUUGAUUCUGUUGUAUAUUUGAAACCUGGGCCUUGCAGAUUAUGUUAACCAGACACUAUGAAUGCUUCUGUUGAUACCGACUGCAGUAUACUUCCAUGUGAAUAUGGUGACUAAUCAUCUAGUCUACAGAUGCCCAACACAAGAUUUUUUGUCUCCAUCUUUCAUUGU